UUCAGUCGACGCCGGCGCCGGCGCCGCGGAGCAGCUGGGAUCGGGAUCGGGGCCGGGAUCGGGAUCGGGGCCAGGGCUGGCCCGGAGGAUGGGGCCGGGCACCGGGGCCGGGCGGCGGCUGCGGGCGCUGCUCUGCCUGCUCCUGGCGCUGCGGGCUGGGGCCGCCGGCAGCCACGGCUGCCUGUUUGACCGCCGGCUCUGCUCCCCGCAGGAGGUCUGCAUGCCCGACGGGCUGUUCGGGCAGUGCCAGGUGGGCGCGGGGCCCGACCCCCCGUACUUCCAGGUCACCUCGGCUGUGCUCCGGCGCCUGCAGGACGUCCUGCGUCACCUCAUGGGGCAAGGGCUGUCGUGGCAGGAUGACAUCACCCAGUACGUGAUCUCCCGGGAGAUGGAGCGCAUCCCGCGGCUCCGGGACCCUGCGCCUGAGGAGAGGCUGGUGUCGCACCCCAACGUGCCACGCAGGGCCCCAUUCCCGGCGCAGUCAGCCCAGCCCUGGGGGCAGCGCCCGGCCCCCGAAGCAGCCCCACGCCUGCCCCCCGCCCCAGCCCCGGCCCCACGCUACCCGGAGCACCUGCUGCUGCCCCUGUUGCCCGAGCUGGGCUAUGAGGGAGCCCUGCUGCACCCCUACUCCUACCGCAAGUUCGGCUACCAGGACACCCCGCGCCCGCUGGGCCCCUUCCCUGGCGACACGGCCGGCCGCAGCCCCGAAGCCCCUGCGCUGCUGGGCAGAGCCCCCGGCCCGGUACCCCCUGCUGUCUUUGGGGCCAGCCCUGUGCCAUCCUACGGGGCACCAGUGGGGCCGGAGGGGGGGCCUCUCUUCCAGGACCUGGGCAUGCUCUACCUGUCCAGAGAGAUGGGUGCCCGGCCGGGCCCUGCCGGUGCCGGAGCCCAGCGCGAGCUGGGGCACCCGCAGGACGGCAGAGACCGUGCUUCGGAGAAGCAUCUGGCACCGGACCCCCGCAAGCCCCCCACGGAGCCAGCAGACGCGGCCCUGCAGAAGGUGCUGGUCAGCUACGGCCUGGGGCUGCGGGACCUGACCCCCGAGCAGGUCAGCACCCUCUCGGCCCUGCUGCAGCUGAUCCAGAGCUCGGUCCAGACAGAGCCAACACGGGGGGGCCUUUCUCCCCUGGCAGGCGGCUUUGGCCCCACGGCCCUGGACACGAAGCGGGUGACGGAGGGGGAGAUGCAGCACGGCGAGGAGCCGGAACCGCCGGCCUCCACCCCGCCACCCCCCGAGACCGCGGCCUCCCCUGCCCCGGGGCUGCCCACGGUGCCAGGCCAUGCCCUGCCCUCGCCGCACCCUGGCCUACUGGAGAAAAAGAGCUACGGGGAUGUGCCAGGGCGCACUGGGGCCGGGGCCCCGAUUCUGACCCGGCCCCCCGAGGAGUACGGCUACAUCGUCACCAACCAGAAGCCCCUGAGCUUGGCUGACGGCAUCCGGCUGCUGGAGGUCCUGGCGGAGCGUGUCCACCUCUCCACCGCCAGCUUCAUCAACAUCAGCAUCGUGGGCCCCGCGCUCACCUUCCGGCUGCGGCAGAACCCCCAGAACCUGUCGCUGGCCGACGUCGCCGACCGGGCCGCACUGGUGAAAGCAGAGAUGGAGGCCAAGCUGGGGCUGCGCAUCGUGCAGACGGGCGUGGGGCAGCGCAAUGAGGUGGGCGCUGCCCCACGCCCCGUGGCCCUGCCCGGCGGCUUCCACUCACUGCUGCUGGCCUUCGUGGGCCUGGCGUGUGCGGCCGGCGUGGGCGUGGCGGCCGCCGUGGCUGCUUGCCUCCACCACCACGCCAAGCGGCGCGAGAAAGAGCGCCUGGUCGCCCUCGGGCCCGAGGGUGCUGCCGACACCCCCUUCGAGUACCAGGAGCUGUGCCGCCAGCACAUGGCGGCCAAGUCGCUGUUCGGGCGGGCAGACCCACCUGCGCCCGUGCCGGCCGAGACCUCCCGUGUCAGCAGCGUCUCGUCCCAGUUCAGCGACGCGCCGCAGGCCAGCCCCAGCUCGCACAGCAGCACGCCGUCCUGGUGCGAGGAGCCCGCCCAGUCCAACAUGGACAUCUCCACCGGCCACAUGAUCCUGGCCUACAUGGAGGACCACCUGCGCAACCGGGACCGCCUGGCCAAGGAGUGGCAGGCGCUGUGCGCGUACCAGGCUGAGCCCAACGCCUGCUCCAUCGCGCAGAGCGAAGCCAACCUGAAGAAGAACCGGCACCCUGACUUCGUGCCUUAUGACCAUGCACGGAUCAAGCUGAAGGCUGAUUGCAGCCCAUCCCGCAGCGACUUCAUCAACGCCAGCCCCAUCAUCGAGCAUGACCCGCGGAUGCCGGCGUACAUCGCCACGCAGGGGCCGCUGUCCCACACCAUUGCUGACUUCUGGCAGAUGGUGUGGGAGCACGGCUGCACCGUCAUCGUCAUGCUGAGCCCCCUGGCCGAGGACAGCGUCAAGCAGUGCGACCGCUACUGGCCCGACGAGGGCUCCUCCCUCUACCACGUCUACGAGGUGAACCUGGUGUCGGAGCACAUCUGGUGCGAGGACUUCCUGGUGCGCAGCUUCUACCUGAAGAACGUGCAGUCGCAGGAGACGCGCACGCUCACCCAGUUCCACUUCCUGAGCUGGCCGGCCCAGGGCCUCCCUGCCACCACGCGGCCCCUGCUCGACUUCCGCAGGAAGGUGAACAAGUGCUACCGUGGCCGCUCCUGCCCCAUCAUUGUGCACUGCAGCGACGGAGCCAGCAGGACGGGCACCUACAUCCUCAUCGACAUGGUCCUAAACAGGAUGGCUAAGGGCGUGAAGGAGAUCGACAUCGCGGCCACCCUGGAGCACAUCCGCGACCAGCGGCCCGGCAUGGUGCAGACCAAGGACCAGUUCGAGUAUGCGCUGACGGCCGUGGCCGAGGAGGUCAACGCCAUCCUGAAGGCACUGCCACAGUGAGGGGCCGCCAUCGCCCUGCUUGGACCCCCCCCGAUCCCACCGCUGUCCCUGUGUGAUGCUGUGUGUGCGCCCGUGCCUCCCCCAUCGCCUCCACCGCUGCCCCCCAGGGCUGGGCCGGGGUCUCCCAGGCUGCCCGGGGCAGGGGGCCACGCUGGCGCUCACCCCGACCUUCUGGGGCAGGCGUGGGCUCCUCCACACGUGUCGUGCCGUGUGCACGUCUGUGUUUGCAUGUUGCCAACAUGGCCCCUGCCCCGGGCAGCCUGCGACUGUGGGGUGGGGGGUAGGGGCAAUGGGCUGGAGAAGCUGCCCCCUCCCCGUGUUCUGCCCCCCCCUCCCUCCGUGGUUUUGCCCCCUCCCGUCACGUGAGCAGCAGAGGAAUUUCUAGAGAAAUCUAUAAUUUUGUAUCUUGAUGUCAAUAAAGUUGUUGUGUCGCGUGUGUGCAGCCGCA